AUGCAAUUCGUAGCCAGCGAACAUCAACAUCGCCGCUUUAAUCCGCUGACGGGACAAUGGGUGCUAGUGAGUCCGCAUCGCAUGCAACGCCCUUGGAGUGGCCAGGAGGAGAAGCCGCAGCUUAAUGAACAAGCUGAAUUUGAUCCAACGAAUCCUCUAUGUCCCGGCGUAAAGCGACCCAAUGGAAUGUUAACGCCGCGCUAUGAGAGCACCUAUGUAUUCGAUAAUGACUUUCCAGCACUGUUGGAGCAAGUGCCGGCGCCACCGGCUAGCGAUGAUCCGUUAUUUCAAGCAGCGCCAGCGCGUGGAAAUUGUCGUGUUAUGUGCUUUCAUCCCAAAUCUAAUUUGACUCUGCCUACAAUGAGUCCCACAGAUAUAUGCGCAGUGAUCGAUGAAUGGAUCAAGCAGUUCAAUGAACUGAGCGUUAAAUAUGCUUGGGUGCAAAUAUUUGAGAACAAGGGCGCCACAAUGGGCUGCUCCAAUCCGCAUCCGCAUUGCCAGAUAUGGUCCUGUAGCUUUUUGCCCACAGAACCGCAGUUGAAACAGGAACGCCUGCGCGCCUACUAUGCUACCCAUGAGCGUCCACUCUUGAGCGACUAUGUAGAACGUGAGCUGCAGCGUAAAGAGCGCAUUGUCAUUGAGAAUUCCGACUGGCUGGUGGUGGUGCCAUAUUGGGCCAGCUGGCCCUUUGAAACGAUGCUCAUCUCGCGAAACAACAACAAGCGCAUUAAUGAUCUAACCGAUGGACAGCGUCAUAAUCUAGCGUUGACCAUCAAACAGCUGACUACCAAAUAUGAUAAUCUCUUCCAGUGCUCGUUUCCCUAUUCGAUGGGCUGGCAUGGCGCACCCACGGGACCGGAGCAUGCGCAUGCCUCCAGUGCACAUUGGACACUGCAUGCGUUAUACUAUCCGCCUCUAUUACGUUCCGCAACUGUACGCAAAUUCAUGGUGGGCUUUGAGCUCUUGGCCAUGGCACAGCGAGAUUUGACGCCCGAACAGGCAGCGCAGCGACUGCGCGACGUUGAUGGAACGCGUCAUUAUCUCAAUAAAUAGUCAACAGACUCUUAUGGGCAUUAGCCUUGAAUUUUUUACAAA